CAGGCGAUAAACGCUCGCCCAGGUCGCGCUAGAAUCGCCAUGCGACAGGCAUUCUUCGAGCAGAAUGGAAAAUUACCAAUUGUUCAAGCCAGACACAACACCAUAUUAUUGUCUGUCUCCUGCUUUUUUCUCCACUGUUAUGAGGGAAAUCCACUUUCUGCGACACUUUUAUCCGUAAGUUGUGAUUGGUCAGAUCUGCUUACUCAGCACCCGCAUAUCAAUAUGAUUGGCUCCGUAAAUAGAACUGGGACCCGCUCCGGAAAUAUUAGCAAGGAACACAGGGCGAUACCAGGUCACAUGUUUACAGUUGCCUAA